AUAGUAUCCUAGUAGUGUGGAUAACACAAGAGUAAAGACACAAUGACCAAAACUUUUAAGGAUUAAUCCUAACAAAAAAAAUCCGACCGCAUAGAGUGAGACACACACGGUCACUGCCCAGAUUGAUCCACAGAACACAGAACACAGCAAGGUAAAAAAAAUUCGAGCUUUAUUUGUCUCAAAUGGCAAAAGAAGAGGAGCAACAACAACAACAACAACACCCACCUUACGCAUACACCUUAAUUCUGAACAUCUUCAGCAAGAGGAGAACAUGGGCAUGUCUAUUUCUGGUUGUUUACGGUACCCUUUUGGCAUCUUCAUGGAACUUACUCAAAUCCACGCUUUCAUGGUACAAUCUGCAAGUUGAAUCCUCCACCACCUCGGCGUGGCCGGCGCUCUAUGCUUCGGUGCUUCUGGGUACCGUGUUCGGGGUUCUGUCGAUGGUGGCGGCUAUGGUGGUUAUGGUUCCCGCGGUGGUGGUGACUUGGAUCACGAUUGUGGUGCUCUUGGCCUUCUUUGGGAAGCCUAAGAGGACGCUUGUGGUGGAGGGGAGGAAGAUUACUAAGGAGAUUUUCGGGUUUGUGAUGAGGACUUUGUUGAAAGAAGGGAAUUUUGUUGCUGCGGUUUGUGCUGUUUUGGGGUACUUUGCUCUUGUUAGAAGGAAUGGGACUCAAGGUGGUGGGGUUGCUGUUGUUGGUGAAUCGUGAAUUAUUGAUAUUUGGUUAGGUUUUGGAGAUCGUGGUUUUUUGUUUUUUAUCCACAAAUGUUACAUUUUUUUAGUUUUUUUUAGAAAUCUCAGUUGGAGAGAUUUGAACCUGCGACUGCAACCUGUCCAUUCUUCCUUCACCCUUCCGCAACCACUGGACUAACCUUAUAUCUCCUAGAUGCCGGUGAUUUGGUAUUUGGUAAAGUGUCUUAAUUUAAUAUCUUUUUUGGGAUACUAGAGUAGAGGUUGAUUUACAUUGGUGAAAAGAUGGAACUAUGAAAAAUGUUACUUUUACUUACUGAGAUAUGUGUAGAUGCUUAGCUGCUUGGUGAUGACAGGGUAAAUCCCUUCUUGUGUAUGCUCUUGAUGAUUAUUCAUUAAUUUUUACUACCACUUACAAGCUGGUUUGUUUUUUUGCUGAA